AUGGCUAUGUCCACCAGGGUAGAUGGCUGUAACCAGGUUGAUGCUGAGUUCCUGAGGAUAGGGCCCCAGGGGCACUUCUGACCCUGGACUACCCGGGUGUGCAUCUCUGACGCUGGCUAUAGGUCCUUUGCCCAGGUCUACAGCUACAAAGAGCUGUAAGGCGUGCUUGGCGCUGUGGUGCAGCUCCACAGCCACUUGCCCCAGGGGCUGUUUUGA